GGGUCAUCUAAACAUCGUGUGACCACUGAGAGACUUGCAUAAUCUUCUUCUUCGCAGAGCAGAGAAGAAAGAAAAGAACACAGAGAGAGAUCGUCGUCAAAUUCAUCCAUGGCUACGCUCUUCACCACCACCACAACCACCUCUCGUCCUUUCUCCACAAAUCCUACCAAGACCUUCUCUCCUUCUCUCUCCCUGAAACCCAAUGCUCUCUCCUUCUCACUACCCCACCACCGUCCCAAGCCUCUCCGGUUUUCCAGAAUCCGAUCCUCGGAUUCAGACUCCGAACCGGAAGGCGGGUACUCGAUUACAGACGAAUGGGGCGAGGAAUCGGUCGAACCGUUAUCUCAGCCGGAUAACGCUGCGGUUACGGACGAAUGGGGCGAGAAAUCCGAACCGGUACCCGAGGAGACAGUGACCCGGUUCGCGGAAUCGGAUCCCCCGACGAACGAGGACGAGUGGGAGGAAAGUGAUGAUGGAGGAGACGACAAGACUCGGGAGCUGAAGAGGUGUUUGGCGGACACGGUGUACGGAACCGAAUUAGGGUUCAGAGCUGGGUCUGAAGUCCGCGCGGAGGUUUUGGAGAUCGUGAAUCAGUUGGAAGCUCUCAACCCUACUCAGGCUCCGGUUGAGAAUCCGGACCUCCUCGAUGGCAAUUGGGUUUUGCUGUACACUGCGUUCUCUGAGUUGCUUCCUCUUCUAGCUGCGGGCUCCACACCUUUGUUGAAAGUGAAGAGUAUAAGUCAGUCUAUAGACACAAAGAGUCUCACUAUAGACAACUCCACUACUCUCUCCAGCCCCUUUGCAGACUUCUCCUUCAGUGCUACUGCUUCUUUUGAAGUUCGAAGCCCUUCGAGAAUUGAGGUUUCUUUCAAAGAAGGUACGCUGAAGCCUCCAGAGAUCAAGUCAAGCGUGGAUCUCCCGGAGAGCGUGGGUGUCUUUGGACAGGAGGUUAACCUUUCGUUCCUGAAGCAGUCUUUGAAUCCUUUACAAGAUGUGGCGGCAAACAUUUCGCGGGCGAUCUCUGGUCAGCCACCUCUCAAGCUUCCGUUUCCGGGAAACCGUGGCAGCUCUUGGUUGUUGACCACUUAUCUCGAUAAGGAUCUCAGGAUUUCGAGAGGAGACGGUGGGCUUUUCGUGCUUGCUAGAGAAGGAAGCUCUCUGCUUGAGCUCUGAAAUAUAUAGCAAGCAAGGCUUCUUGUAAAAACAAUACUCACCUAGAGGGAUCAUCAUAAUAAUAAUAAUGCUGAAUGCAAAUUAUUGGACCA